GCCACCAAAUCCAACAGAGCUAGAUUUGGAUAGCCCAAGCGCCUCUCAGUACACCUCCAUGCCUCUACAUUUUGAGUUUUUACACAAAUAAUAAUUAGGUCUGUACCUUUAUUUUCAAAAUUUUCCUUGUUAGUUCCAAGACUCUUUAUAUGUGUGUUCUCGUUGUCCUAAGAGGCAGAGAGUUAAGAACAAGGCGUGCUUUGCGCUUUUGAGGAAGAGAGAGAGAGAGAGAGUAUAAUUAAAACUCUUUCACAGAGAAGAGUUUGGUAGGGCUUGUUAAUGGCGAUUUGAUCGAAGGUUUGGCUGCAAUAAAUUUGAGAGUUUGAGGGUAUAUUGCAUUGGGUCUGGUCUUUCUUUGCUUUAUAUUUCUAACUAUAAGCCAAAGAGAGAGAGAGAGAGAGAUAGCGGUAUUUCUGGGGGAAGAAAUUUGCUUCGCUUUGUUCUUGGAAUAAGUGGUGGUUUCAGUCAGAGAAUAUCUGGGUCGUUGUUAUUUAAAGGAGGAACUACACAGUGUUUAAGAAAGCGGUUCUUUAAGGCCUUGGUACUUCCAAGGCUUUGGUUUUUUGCUCUGGUUUUAAGGUUUUUUUGUGUUUCUCUGGCAAUUUGAAAGACAACAAUGGUUGAGAUAGACUGGCCCUCUUCUUUGAAUGAAUACGAAAAGCUUGUGAUUCAGAUGAACGCUCCUAGGGUCGUGAUCGACAAUGCCAUUCGCCCCACUGCGACUCUUGUCACGGUUGAUAGUGCUAGGAGGCAUGGAAUUUUACUUGAGGCCGUGCAGGUUCUCACGGAUCUGAACCUUUCCAUCAAAAAGGCUUACAUAUCUUCAGAUGGAAGAUGGUUCAUGGAUGUUUUCCAUGUGACUGAUCAAAUCGGAAACAAACUUACGGAUGCGAGCGUUAUCAGAUACAUUGAACAGUCUAUGGGCAGCAUUCGCUAUGGUUGGACUAACGGCCUAACUGCCCUAGAACUAACUGGAACCGACCGUGUUGGUCUACUGUCUGAGGUUUUUGCUGUGCUAGGUGACCUUCAAUGCAAUGUUGUGGAAGCUAAAGUUUGGACUCACAAUGGCCGAAUUGCUUCACUAAUCUAUGUGAAGGACUGUGAUUCCGGUUGCCCAAUUGAGGAUUCCUAGAAAAUAGACCGAAUCGAAGCUCGUUUGAGGAAUGUACUCAAAGGUGACAAUGACAUUCACAGUGCUAAGACCUCGAUGUCUAUGGCGGUCACGCACACUGAGAGGAGGCUGCACCAAAUGAUGUUUGCGGAUCGUGAUUAUGAGUGGAAGCCAAUUUUGAAGCGCAGUGAUGACUGUCCCAUUGUCACGGUUCAGAAUUGGAUUGAGAGGGGUUACUCUGUUGUGAAUGUUCAGUGCAAGGACAGGUCGAAGCUUUUAUUUGACAUUUUUUGCACGAUGACAGACAUGGAGUAUGUUGUUUUUCAUGCUACUAUCAAUACAGCUGGAGACAGAGCAUAUUUGGAAUUUUACAUUAGACACACAGAUGGGACUCCAAUAAGUUCUGAACCAGAGAGGCAACGCGUUAUUCAAUGCCUACAAGUUUCAAUUGAGAGAAGGGCUUCUGAGGUACUUAUUUGAAGAGGAUAAAAUAACAAUAUAACUUUUAGCACCACCAAUAUAGCCACAUUUUGGUAUUUGGUGGUGUUAAAAAUAACAAUAUAACUUUUUAGCACCACCAAUACUAGUGCUCUUACAUAUCCAUAUCAUUAGUCAUUUGUGGGUUUUCUUAAAUGUAACCUAAUAAAUUUCAUAAAACAAGCGGUACCUAAUUUGUUGGAAGGGACAAUGAAGAUUGUUUCGAGUGAAAUUGCAAUUUAAGAACCUCUAGUGAAUGACUCUGCUUCUAGCUAUUUUCUUUACCCACUAGCUCUUUUUUCCUUUUUCUAUUUUUAUCUAAUAAGCUAGUGACUACACAAUUAGGCUACUUCUAUAAAUUUCCAAAGUUUGGACAAUUUCAAGUAAAAGAGAUUUAACCCCUUAAAGUACUUUCCUA